ACCGUCUAAUGGUGGGUGACAAGCCGCGAACGGAGGCGUACCGAGCGGCCAUUCAGGCCAGUCGCCAUCUGUUCCAGGACAAGGUGGUGCUCGAUAUUGGCGCCGGUACAGGCAUUCUCUCCCUGUUCGCGGCUCAGGCAGGAGCGCGACGAGUCUACGCCGUCGAGGCGUCCGGCUUUCACGAGCUGGCGCGUCAGAACGCCGAGCGGAACGGUUUCGGAGAUGUGGUGCGGGUGGUGCACGGUCGAAUAGAGGAUGUGACGCUGCCCGAACAGGCCGACGUGAUAGUCUCCGAGUGGAUGGGCUUCUACCUGCUGCAUGAGUCCAUGCUCGACUCUGUCAUCGUCGGCAGAGACAGGUUUCUGGCGCCGGACGGAGUCAUGUUCCCCGACGUGGCGCGUCUUUAUGCCUGUCCGUCAACGCUGGCCGCGUUCCACUGUGACCAGCUGCAGUGCUGGAGCCGGCCGUACGGCGUGGACCUGACUGCGGUCGGGGAGGCGGCCCGCCGCAGCAUGCAACAGGCCCCGCAGGUGCUGGACACCCACCCGGAGGAGCUGCUGGCGGCGCCGGAGCUGGUGCUGGAGCUGCACCUGCAGUACGUCACCCCCGAGGAGCUGGCGGCCGUCACGUGCCGGCGUUUCGUGACGGUGACGCGGCCGGGCCCGUACCGCGGCCUGUGCCUGUGGUUCGAGUGCCAGUUUCCGGACGGCAGUCGGCUGGACACGGCCCCUCGCGCUCCCUCCACCCACUGGAGACAGACGGCGGUGGUGCUACCCACGGACUACCCUCUGGAAGUGGAUACGGUCAUAGGCUGGGAACUGACCUUGGCGCGGGAGGUGGACGGCGGCAGAAAGUACCGCAUCGCGCUCAGCAUGCUGGAUGAGGACGAUGAGCACCCGGUGCCGUGCGGCUGCGCCGUGGGGAAGUGCCGACUGAUCAAGGCGCUCAUAGAUAAGGAGGACGCCGAGUGUGACGAGGGGUGACCGCGACGUCAUACGGGCGGGGGGAGGGAUGUUGUUUUGAUACGGUGAUACAAAUACAAUAUGUGAUGAUUCGUUAUUGUUGGAUGUUACGUUGCCGACGGCAGUAUAUUCCGCUGCACCGUGGUCUCCGGUGCGGACUCUAGCGUAUCACUGCAGAAAUCGGGUUGUGCCAUUGGCUACUGAUGGCUUCGACUGAGACUGCUUUUGGAAAUGUGUGCUUCCAUCUCAGCGGCCGAGACAUGACCUGAGAAUGAUGAGAUACUGCCUAGUCUUCUCAUUCAUUUGACGGUGACUUUGCUCUUAGCUUUCGUAACCUUCAUCGUCUUCAGCUGUAUGACGCCAGCAUUGUGUGAUGCUGUACAAGGGCGUUGAUUGCCUCCACUUGUAAGCAGGCUACUUGAAGUUCUUAAGCGGAAUGAACUUUGGUAAACGACGGUGAAACCUUUCGUUGCGGAUGUAUCUCUUUUCUUACUCCGUGGUAAUUUGUAGUCGUGAGAAACUAAUGUGCAAGAAUUUCGGUCAAGACGUCAGUUAAUGCAAUUAAUUUUCCUAUGAGCUCACGUCGACUUUUUCAUUUGCAUUUUUAUGGGGAUGAAAGAUCGUGUCCUUCUCAUUCACCAUCAGCGAAAGAGAUCAUUACUCCUGGAGAAUAGACCAAAUAAACACGUCUUUUCCAGGCUGGUUGUUGUGCAUUUUGACUUUUAAUAAUGACUCCUCAGCCAACAUUGGCGAGCGGAUCC